AUGUCCCAGCCAGUGGCAGCUCUGCUGGCACCCAACGGUUCUGGGCCAGGGGAGGGGUCUGGGGUUCAGCUCCAAUGGGCUGCCCUGCUCAUCAUCAUGGUCAUCAUCCCCACCAUUGGUGGGAACAUCCUGGUCAUUCUUGCCGUGUCCCUGGAGAGAAAACUGCAAAAUGCGACCAACUACUUCCUGAUGUCUCUGGCAGUGGCAGACCUGCUGGUGGGACUGCUGGUGAUGCCCAUCGCCCUGGUCACCGUUCUUUACAAUUCUGGGUGGCCUCUUCCAGAAUUCCUCUGCCCCAUUUGGCUCUUCCUGGACGUGCUGUUCUCCACCGCCUCCAUCAUGCACCUGUGUGCCAUCUCACUUGACCGCUACAUUGCCAUCAAGAAGCCCAUUCAACACAGCCAGUACAAAUCCAGGGCCAAAGCCAUGGUCAAGAUCACUCUGGUGUGGCUCAUAUCAAUUGGUAUAGCCAUUCCAAUUCCAAUUAAGGGGCUGAAGAACUACCAUCUUCCCAACAAUGUCACCUUCAACAGCAACCACAUCUGUCUGCUGAAAACGGACAGCUUCCGUGAUUUCAUCAUGUUUGGUUCCCUGACGGCAUUCUUCAUCCCACUGACCAUCAUGAUGGUCAUCUACCUGCUCACCAUUCAUGUGUUGCGCAAGAAGGUCUGUUUGCUCAGGUCUAGGGUAACUCAACGCUUCACCCGCUCAAUGGUCUCCACAGUCUUUCAAAGAGAGGAGGCUGUGGCCCCUCCUCCGACUGACAAACUGACUAUGCUGCAUGGCAGAUUGCCUCGAACAUCAGGUAAUUUGAGUUCAGCAAUGACAAACCCCAUCACAGCAGAUCACAUGCCCUUUCGUCGCAUGUCUGCCAUGGGCAAGAAAUCCAUGCAAAACCUCAGCAAUGAGCAGCGUGCCUCUAAAGUCCUGGGCAUCGUUUUCCUCCUGUUUGUGGUCAUGUGGUGUCCCUUCUUCAUCACAAACAUCACCUCCGUACUGUGCUCCAGCUGUGACAUUAACCUAAUUGCCCGUCUGAUGGAGAUCUUUGUCUGGGUGGGCUAUUUGUCCUCAGGUAUCAACCCGUUGGUCUACACCCUGUUUAACAAGACCUUCCGGCAGGCAUUCACACGUUACAUCACAUGUAAUUACAACAGCAGCACCAGCAUCAGCAAAGGGAGACAACAAAGGACACGGAUGUCCUUCAGCUCGACCAUGGCAGAAAACUCCAAACGGUUUGUGAAAUGCAGCAUGAGGAACGGCAUUGGAGCAGUGAGCUGCCAAAGCCCACUGAGGUGUGGACAGGUGCCCAUUCAGUCCUCCAGCAGUAUUGUGCUGGACACACUGCUCCUGGCUGAAAAUGAUGGUGGCAAGCCGGAGGAGCAUGUCAGUUUUGUGUAGCACUGAGACAAAAGGCAGCAUGUUUCCUAUCUCUAUCAGAGUGACACCGGGUGUCACUUCUGAGCAUUGAAUUCUAAAGCUGGUCAGUUGCUCUUUCUGCUUUCCCUCACAGAGGGAAAAGAGGCAAGUCAAAGACAAGAGGCAAGUUUCCCAAUAGUGUGGAAUUUGAGGAACAUGACCU